AUGUCAACCGAAAGCCCCCCACCGUUCGUCGGGCGAAUGCUCGGAAUGUUCGAGCCAGCAUAUAUCCUUACUUGGGCGAUGUCGCACUACAUUCGAGUCUGCGCCGAAGCAGUCUUCAAAAACGGCCAGCUCUUCGCCCCAAUUACCCAGACCCAGAGACUUCGCGAUGAAGCAUUCGGAAGAUUCUGGAUCGAGUUCACCACCUCCCGCCAAAUGAGCUCCGACCCAAACAACCAAGAAAUCCCCGAGCCAGUCGGCUCCUCAGCCCUAAUCCCCCCAAUCCUCCGCACCGCCUCAGGGAUAGUGCUUGACAUCGGCCCAGGCACCGGCACCCAAAUGCCCCUACUAACCUCACCCUCAAUAACAGCGCUCUACGGCGCCGAGCCCUGCAAAAGCCUGCACUCCUCGAUCCGCGCAAAAGCAUUAGCAGAGAACAUCUCCGCCAAGUACCACAUCGUGCCGACAGGCGUAGCAGCGCGCGAACUGAUCCCCGCCCUGCGAGCGACAGGCACGGGCGUCGUGGACGCGUACGACGCCGACGCGCGCGCGGGAAUCUUCGACACGAUCCUGUGCGUGCGUGUGCUGUGCUCCGUGCCGGAGAUGGAGAGGACUGUGCGGGAGUUGUAUGGAUUGCUUAGGCCUGGUGGGCGGUUGCUUGUGACCGAGCAUGUUGUUAACCCGUGGCGCCGAGCGAAGGGGUCGGUUGUUGGGCGGGUUGUGCAGGGUUUGUAUGGGGUUCUUGGGUGGAGUUGGUUUAUUGGGGAUUGUUGUCUGGAUAGGGAUACUGAAGCCGUUUUGAGGGCUGCGGCUGAUGGGGAUGGGGGGUGGGAGAGGGUGGAGUUGGAGAGGAGCUUUGAGUGGUCGGCUAUGCCUUAUAUUUCUGGGGUUUUGGUUAAGAAGGGGAUUUAA